AUGGUCUCCCAGCCCCCGGAUUAUGGACCAAUCGUGAUUGGCGGAGACGCGCGACCAAAACAUUCCGCCGAUCCAAAACAAAACCAUCAACACCACCCACCUCCGCUGCCGCUUCCUCCACAUGAACCUCACAAUUACUUUGGCUGCGUGAAUAUGCCUUACUCAGAUGUCAGUGUGACAGUUUCUGACUUCGAUCCCGAACACGAAGCCCUCGCAUCCACCCGACAAAUGGGUAGCCCCCGGUAUUCAAACGUCCACGACGACGAACCCGACUUCCUCAUCAACACCUCCACUCUCGACCAAUGUUUCCCCGAAUUCUCUCAGCUGCCUACCUCUGAGGAAGAAGCUGAAGUAGAUGGAAUUGUCGACGAUAACAGCGAACCCUCCAUGGAGUUGGGGCGCGCAGUCGGGAAGUCUGCGCGUCGCAUAGACGACUCGCGAGACUCCGUUAUGAGCUUUCAGAAUAGUGUGCGGUCCUCUUCCCCUGCUGUGCGCGUCGAGUAUCCAACUCCUCAGAAGAAUCUUCCUCCUCCUCGCUCAACGACGCGACGUGCCGUGAGUGAAAAUCUGCGAAAGGACGCCCAAUUGCGCCGGGCCAACCAAGCACAGAAAGAACAUAUGAUGAGCCCUCAAGUUUCGAAAAAUCAACGCGAACAACGCCGAACUCUGUCAGAUAUGCACGCAAAAGUGCGAGACAACUAUGAUGGAUCAUUUUUAGAGGAUGAGCGCCCGGCCCCGUUUGAAACAAAGUCCCGAUCUACGCGUUUUAGUCACCCAAAUAACUCUCAAGAGAUCGCCGACGCGAUUGAGCGUGUCUCUCGAGAAGCCUACGCAAAAGAAAUCGGAAAGGGCAACUCGACGGCCUCUCCACGACGACAAGUUCCUAGCAACACCCAGAAGAACAACAUGGGUGACACUAUGACGCGCAACUCUUUUCUUCUCCCCGACCUACCUAAUAUAUCAGAGCUAGUAUCCGGCGUCUAUGAGGAUGGCACACCAGUUUUCUCACACAGACGCUCUACACGCUUCGUGUCUCCGCCUCACGAUGUCACGGAUGUAUCUUUCACCCGCGAGCAUAUGCCUCUCGACGCCAUUCCUAUUCCUGAGGACGAGAAGGCCUUGUUUGUUUCCCUCCGACUUUUGCAGGACAAGGUGUCGGAGCUGGAAAGAUUUAAAUCAGAUGCAGAGAGGAGAUUAGAGCACUACCGCGAAGAGAAUGCGUCACUCAAGACAAGCAAACCUCGUCAUUCGGAAAAGUACACGGUUGACGAUGCCGAGAGCAGGAAGGCUUCGAAGCGCGCAGCCAGUGAGAAUCAAAAGCUGGAAGCUGCAAACAUCGCCCUUCAGAAUCAACUUGACAUCGCCGAUCGAAAGUCUCAGGUCCAGGAAGCCGCAGUACGACGCUUGAACCAGGACAGAGAGUCAGCCAUUUCCCAGCUGGGUGUGGCCUAUCUCGAAUUCCGCGAAUUGAAGGCUCAGAAUGAAGAAUUAAGACGAGAGAAUGCGGAACUCAAAUCACAGCUGUCACAUUCUCCAAACAAGACAGUCCGCGAACAAGAGACUGCUGAUUCCGAAGCCAGUCUCACCGGAUCCGAUGCCGACGAAAGUCAAAUGUAUACAGGUCGUAGUGCAGACAUGAGUCGCAGUACUAAAGAUCUGAGCUCAAAGAGCGCUAAUACCAAUACCAAAUCCAGACGUCAGGAUGAGUCUCGGGCCAAGGUCUCGAUGCAGGUGAACAAGGAAAUAUCUCGACUAGAGAAGGAACGUGCUGAGCAAGAACUAUUUUCCAUCGACGUGCCUAUGAUGAAGCGCUCAUCGAAGUCGUCCAAGGCCGCCGUUCGCCACCCAGAGUCAAAGUCUGCUAAAAAGCAGCCCAACACCAGCAAGCAGCGAGUCAAGAGAGUUGUAGUAGAGGAUGUGAGCGAACCUGUGGAGGCUACUGAGCAGAGUAGGAUGCCUUCUGAGGUGGACGAGCUCACCUUGCUGAGUAUUAUCGAUGAAAAUGAGAUUGCUCGUCUGCGCAAGACUUUGGAGGAGGAAAGAUUGUCACGCAAGCAGCGUCGCCCCAGCGCUGUAAAGGAGCCUACUACCACCGAGACCGUCAACACUACACGCCAAAGUAUUUUGAAGGCCCCCAUGCCACGUAAAUCAUCUCUACGUGAGCCCAAGGUGCAGAUUCCUCGACCCGCAUCGGCAGCCGGCGACAUUACUACUCGGUCAGUAACAACGACCGCUGAGGGAGAUAACAGCUUGGUCGUCCCAACAGCUGAACGCCCGCGACGCCAUUCCGAUCACUCUGUGAAUUCCGUUUCCUCCCAACGCAAGAAGCGCAAGAACAUCGAAGAUAUGACGUCCGCCUUCAUUCUCCCUGACAUCACUCUUGGCCGUGCGGAGUUGGCUGCUAGCAACCCGACUCGUCUCCCAGAAUCUGAUCAGCGAGCCUUGGACAACCUUGCCCAACACGAGGGCAAAAACUGCAUGAUUUGCAAAAAUGUGCUUCCCAAUGACACUUGCAACCAUGAACCUGUUAAAGUAUCUAAGCCUGUUCCCGUUUCCGACCGCAUGCCCAAGCCAUCUCCCUAUAAUGAGGAACCAACUAUGCGUCCCUCUCAAUCCCCAGCCGUGGCACUUGCAACCGUCCUCAAAACCCUUGAAGAUGAGUUGUCUCACUUGAAGAUGCAGCUUGCCACUUACCAGAGUGCUUACAACAAGCUGGAUGUGUCGUUUGGCAAGCGACAGCGAAAGGCCUUACUAGAGAAGAUCGAGACUGUUUUGAGGGAUAUUGAUAUGAAAUCUGAUCAAAUAUACGCUCUGUACGAUGUUCUCGAAGGUCAAAAAGUUGGCCAUGAUAUGACAGAACAGGAGAUGGAAAUGACUUUGGAAUCCAUUGGCAUUGAUAUAACCGGGGCCCCGGAUGUUACUGGCACAACGAGCAAGUCUUCGCGACUGGCUGAGUCGGAUGACGAGGAUGAAUUGCCCUGGGAAGGAAUUGAGAGCACUGCCGAGUUGACUGGGCGCACCUAA